CUAUCACCAGUCUAUUCAUUCCUACUUCCAGCCCCAAGGCGUCCCUCCCUGUAUACUCCGAAGCUAAGCAAGCACUUCUGGGACAGGACAGGAGGCCCUUUCCAUGCUGCAUGUAAUGCGCCUAUCCCAUCAGAACUCCGCAGCCCCUCACAGUCCAAAGUGAGCCCAAACCACAGGAUGGUAUUUUGUGCAGAGCAGCUGCUGUUACAGUGGAGGUGAAAUCACUGCUUUCUGAUUUGUCAUCAUGAUUCCUGUUGCUGAGUUUAAGCAGUUUACAGAGCAGCAACCUGCCUUUAAAGUCCUUAAACCCUGGUGGGAUGUCUUGGCUGAAUAUAUCACCAUUGCCAUGCUCAUGAUUGGGGUCUUUGGCUGCACCUUACAGAUAACACAAGACAAGAUUAUUUGCCUCCCUAAUCAUACUUCAGCUGAUGAGGUUUCCCAAAUCUCCUGCAAAGAGUUUACUCAAAGUACUCCACCCACCAACUCUAGUGAUGAUGAAUACCCAACUUCAACACCACCUCCAGUUGUUACUUCCGGUUCUACUCGUGAGAUGACUGGCCUGCGUAACAACCUGGAUCUUCAGCAGUACAGCUUCAUCAACCAGAUGUGCUAUGAGACUGCAUUGCACUGGUAUGCAAAAUAUUUUCCAUAUCUAGUUGUUAUCCACACACUUAUCUUCAUAAUCUGUGGAAACUUCUGGUUUAAAUUUCCUGGCACAAGCUCUAAGAUUGAACACUUUAUUUCCAUUUUGGGUAAAUGCUUUGACUCCCCAUGGACAACUAGAGCUUUAUCAGAAGUGUCAGGAGAGUCCAAUCAAGAGAAGACAGCAGAUCGUGAACUUUCCAAGCCCAGUUUUGAGGAAAAUAGUCCUUCCUCCACUGAGCUUCCAGUUCCUGAUAAAUUGGUUGCAGAGACUGCAUCGGCUAGUGUACUAGACAAGAAAGAAGGAGAGCAAGCAAAAGCACUGUUUGAAAAGGUGAAGAAAUUUCGCCAUCAUGUGGAAGAAGGGGACAUAUUGUAUUUAAUGUACAUGCGACAGACUGUGUUAAAAGUCUGCAAAUUUGUGCUCAUCACCAUAUACAAUGCAGCUUUGGUAGGGCAAAUACACUUUAUUGUACCCUGUAGUGUCCACACAGAGGACAUGACUGGCUACAACAGCUUCUGCUGCAACCACACUAAAGCUCAUCUCUUUUCAAAACUGGCUUUUAGCUAUUUGUGCUUUUUGGGUGUCUAUGGACUGACUUGCCUUUACACACUAUACUGGCUAUUCAGGCGCCCACUGAAGGAGUAUUCUUUCCGGUCAGUGAGAGAAGAAACUGGAAUAAGUGACAUUCCUGAUGUCAAGAAUGACUUUGCUUUUGUUCUUCAUCUUAUAGAUCAAUAUGACUCUCUCUACUCCAAAAGGUUUGCAGUGUUUUUAUCAGAGGUGAGUGAGAGUAGGCUGAGACAACUUAAUUUGAACCAUGAAUGGCCAGCAGAGAAGCUGAGGCAAAAACUUCAGCACACACCUGAAGGCCGGUUGGAGCUGCAUCUUUUCAAGCUACCAGGUUUGCCCGAUUCAGUCUUUGAGGUGACUGAAACAGAAUCCCUUAAGUUGGAGAUGCUUAGCGAGGCACUCAUCCCUCCUCUAGUAACCAAAUUAGUCCGACUUGAAGAAUUGUCCCUUUUCAAUUGCCCAGCAAAAAUACAGCAUGCUUCCCUUGCAUACCUCAGGGACCGCCUUCGAGUCCUUCAAAUUAAGUUUGAGGACAUCAAGGAGAUACCACUCUGGGUCUUCAGUCUUCGAGCCCUAGAGGAGCUACACCUGUUUGGCUACCUAUCCCAGGACAUGUCAAAAAAUGUAACACUGGAAAGCCUGCGAGAGUUAAAAAGUCUUAAGGUGUUAACACUCAAAAGCAAUCUCUCUAAAGUGCCUCCCACUGUCACAGAUGUGGCUGGCCAUCUGCAGAAACUUAUUAUACACAAUGAUGGAACAAAGCUUUUAACUCUCAAUGCUCUGAAAAGACUGUCUCUACUCAAAGAACUAGAGUUGAUCCGUUGUGAUCUAGAAAGAAUUCCUCAUGCAGUUUUCAGUCUGAACAACCUACAACUUCUGGACUUAAAGGAGAAUAACCUGCACACCAUAGAGGAAAUUAUAAGUUUGCAGCACUGCCGCAAACUAAGUGUUCUACGCCUGUGGCACAAUCAAAUAGCCUACAUUCCAGAUCACAUCCGGAAACUGAAGAGUUUAGAAGAGCUUUCUUUCAAUCGCAACAAGAUUCUUGUAUUGCCACCUCAACUUUUCCUAUGUACCAAGCUCCGUCAUCUUGACCUUUCCUUCAAUGAGAUUAGAGAGCUUCCCCCAGAGGUUGGGGUUUUACAGCUGCUUCAGUUUCUCUCAUUGACUGGUAACUUUUUAGACGAACUUCCCAACGAGCUGUUCUUCUGUCAGAAGCUAAAAACUCUGAAGCUGGGACAGAAUAGGUUGGCAAGUUUAUCCCCAAAGAUUGGAUCUCUAACCGCUUUGGUAAAGCUUGAGUUAAAGGGAAACAAGAUAGAUUUCCUGCCCCCAGAGAUAGGUGGAUGUGUUAGCCUGAAAAAGUCUGGCUUAGUGGUAGAACAGUUGUUAAUUGACACACUCCCAAGUGAUGUCAGAGAGAAACUGAGUGAGGACUGAAGAUGCAAAUGAAACAAAGAGUAUGGUGAUAAGUUUUAAUAGUCUAAAAGCAAGGGGUAUAACAAAAAAAAGGCAGUUUGAGAACAGAAGUGAGAGCAGGUAGAAAUUUGAAACCAUAAAAAAAAAAGUUUGACUAAAAAACUAAAAUGUGACCUUUGUCAUUAUAAGAAAAGUGUAAUUUUAGAGCGGAACAUAGAAAAAAAUAAUUAAGAUUAGAGAAUAGCACAAACUGCUCCCACUGGGAUGUCUAAAUAUUGAUAAGCAGGAUCAUCACUCCUAGUAGUUGGUCUGUGUGUGUGUGCUCACGAGACUGCCUUGUAAAUUAGAGCCAAAGCACCUAAAUUAUGAGUGAGAUUUUAUUCCUCCAAAAGCAGGCCGUGCAACGUUUCAACCUCAUUGCAAGGUUGAAGUGUGUCCACGACCACUUUGGUAGAAUAAAAUCUCCUUCAUGUAUAAUUAUGGUGCUGCAGCUUUUGUGUUUGGGAAUUCUGUUGUUCAAACCCCAGUUUUUGACACAUUAGGAGAGAGCAGUAGACCCUAGUGACUUUUAGGUUAGCUACUUUAUUAAUUGAUUCGAAAAAAAACAUCUAGAAUAAGCACAUAAAUGUUUCUCUUGUAUGGACUUGCCCAUUGACUAGGGUCUUCUAAGUGAACAUACAUUUAAAAAAAAUUUAAAUACUGCAAAUAUGCAUUCAAGGCAGGUGUAAGACUUGCCACAUCUCAAGGAACUGGAACACUCCUAAAAAUGAAAUUCCUUUGGACAAAACCGUUUUUAUUUUUUGAGAGGGCUAUGUGCAGCCUUGGGUAAAUGGCACCUAACCUGAUUUAUCCACUACUUGGGUUACUUAACAGCCACAACAGCAUUGGGUCAAUGUACACUUUUAUUUUAUUUUUUUAUUUAAAUUAUUUGAUGAAAUAAUAAAACAUUU